AUGCAGGAGCAAGUGUGGUUGGCUUCGUCGGAUGGAUCUUUGCACAGCAAGUCCUUCGCCCACACAGACAAGGGCAUGUAUUUUAUGGGAAUGACCUUCAUGAACUUCAAGUCUGGCCCGGUGAACCAGCCCUGGAUCGAGAUCCGGCAUCCAGGCAAGCUUCGUUGGUCGCAGGGCUGCGCAGUUCUCCGACUAAAGGUCACUCUGCCAGAGACCAUCAAGGCGGCCCAAGACGUUGACGAGGGCAGCGUGCGAGGUUGUGAAGAUGCCCUCGCGAGCGGCGCAGAUGUGAACUGGAAGGAUGAGGACUUCUUCGACUACACGGCCUUGCAUUUGGCCGCGGCCGCGGGUCACGUUGAAGUUUGUCGCCUUCUGUUGAAGCGCGGGGCUGAAGUCGACCCUCGGUCGACCAGUGGCGAGACACCGCUGAUCAUGGCAGCUCGAGCACAGAAGUCUCUGGAGCUUUGCGAUUUCCUGGUCAGUGAGGGAGCUGACUUGGAGGCCAAGACGAACUACAAGAAGAACCCCAGGAGCGCAAAAGACUAUCUGGACGAGUACUACAAGGAGAUGGGGGUGGAGCUCACUGCCAGCAGCCUUCGAAUAGGCACGGUCGGGGACGCAGAUCCGAUCAUUGAUGGCACCUUUGAGCGAAAGGUGGAUCCAAACGGUGAAAACUACUCCUGGUUUCUGAUCCCAGAAGAGAUUCCACCCGUGAUGGAGCUAACGCUAGACAAGGAUGCCGCUGAAGUCUACCAAACUUUCAGCUAUGGAACGCUGCUUUGGCCGCGACUGUUCAACGACGACAUUCCAUUAGGAGAAGGUUUGUUCGAGGCGGAUUUGACGGACAUGCCUCCGCACUUGCUUCAGAAAUUUCAGGAAGAGCAGGAGAGAUCGGACCAGAGAUCACGACAGGAAAGGCAACGCAGGCAGAUGAUGACAGAGGAGGAGGUCGCCGAAGAGACUGCCAGGAUGUGGAACGAUGAGUUUGCCAGACACGGCAUUCCGCAUCGCGUGGAUUCGACCGAGGAUCGGCGGCUCGAAAACUUCCAGAAGUGA